UCACGAACAAUGAUAUAAAUAAUUAUAAUAGAUCUAGAUAUUUUAUAUACCUUUUAUUCUUCAUAAGAAUAUUAAUGCUUCGGAAUCAUCUUUAGAUAACAGCCAGGAGACGAUAUUCAUAUAGGAACUGUAAUUUGUAAAGUUUACGGGGAAGCAAUGAAUCAGAUUACUGCAAUUAAUGUAGUAAAAGCUACUAGAAGACAUAGUGGCACAUUAUUUUUUUUUCAUGGUUCAGGAUCUUCUGGGGAUGAUAUAAAAAAAUGGAUUGAUAUAUUGAACAAGGGAGAACUAAAUUUUCCACACAUCAAAAUUAUUUAUCCUACUGCACCUGCUCAACCUUAUACACCUAAUAAUGGAACGCUUAGCAAUGUAUGGUUUGAUCGUGCAAACAUAUCUAUCAAUGCUCCUGAAAUGGUAGAAUCAGUGGAUUCUAUGUGUAAAACUAUACAGGAGUUAAUUAAUAAAGAAGUAUCUAAUGGAAUUCCACAUGAUAGAAUUGCUGUUGCUGGUUUUUCAAUGGGUGGAGCACUAUCAUUAUAUUUAUCAUAUAAAUAUAUAUCAUCUUUGGCUGGUUGUUGUGCCAUGUCUAGUUUCAUUAAUAAAAAUUCAAUGGUAUACAAGCAUUUGAAGGAGAGUCCAAAAAUACACACACCGCUUCUACAAUUCCAUGGCAGUGCUGAUACAUUCGUUCCAAUAAAAUGGGGAGAAGAAACUUCCAACAAUUUAAAAGAAUUUGGAGUAAAUGUUCAAUUUGUGCCAUUAAAUAAUGUAGAUCACGAAUUAGAUGCGACUGAAAUAAAAUCCUUUAAGGAAUGGCUGUUAAACAUUUUACCAGAAAAUUGAAAUUUUCUGGUAAUAGAUGUAAAAUAUUGUAAUAAAUAUUUUUGUUAAAUAAAUGAAUUUUAAUUGAGCAUA